AUGAUUCAUUUCAAAAUCUGGCGUGACGCUCGAGACAUCACAGAUCCGAAGGAGUAUGCCACGACAGGAUAUGAUCGUCCCAGUAUGAGAAAAUGCUGGGAGUUUUUGGAUAGAGCCAGUAGGAGUUUUGCAAUGGUCAUCAAGGAACUUGAGGGAGAUCUCGCUCGGACGGUUUGCAUCUUUUACUUGGUCCUUAGAGCGUGCGACACUCUCGAAGAUGACAUGACGUUACCCAACAGCGUUAAACUUCCCAUGUUGAGAUCGCUAUACCUCAAGCUGCACGAACCUGGAUGGAACUUUGACGGUAGUGGGCCAAACGAAGCAGACAGGAUGACAUUAGCCGAAUUUGAUGUUAUACAAAAAGAAUUUUCCAUGCUUGACGAACGAUAUCAACUAGUCAUCGAGGAUAUUUGCAUGAAGAUGGGCAGAGGAAUGGCCGAUUUUGCGGCCUUGGCAACUCCGGAGAAACCCGUGGCAGAAAUCAACACCAUGGCCGAUUAUGAUCUUUAUUGUCAUUACGUCGCCGGUUUGGUCGGUGAGGGGUUAUCUGGAAUCUUCGCGGCUUCAGGAAAAGAAAGAGCCUUCAUUGCCAACCAACUCACAUUAUCAAACUCGAUGGGUAUGAUAUUGCAAAAGACCAACAUCCUCCGCGACGUAAAAGAAGAUGUUGAGGAAGGAAGAGGCUUUUGGCCUCGUGCUAUUUGGGGGAAAUACGGGUUCGAUUCUAUGAAAGAACUCCUGGAUCCUACGAGGGAGAAACAGGCUUUAUUCGCAGCUAGUGAGAUGACUUUGGACGCUCUUCGACACGCUACGGAUUCUUUGGAUUACCUGACGUUGAUCAAGAAUCAAAGUGUUUUCAACUUUGUGGCUAUUCCACCAGUCAUGGCUAUAGCUACGUUGGAGAGAUGUUACAUGAACCCGAAUGUACUAAAGAAGAAUGUCAAGAUCCGACGAGGUGAAACCAUCCAACUCAUACUGCGCGCGACCAACCCUAGAGAUGUAGCACUCAUCUUCCGUUCGUACGCCAGGAAAAUACAUCAGAAAACAGCGAGAGAUGAUCCCAAUUUGCUUAAAAUGAGCAUUGCAUGUGGCAAGAUCGAACAAUGGACAGAACAUCAUUACCCUUCUUUCCUACAGAUACGUAUGCAAAAUGGAGCCAUCACCACCGUCAUAGAUGACAACUCGUCCGACGGUAGGGUACCUUUGUAUCAUAGAAUCUCUAAACAGAUUAAGGAUAAACAAGAUGAAGAGAAGAGAGAACAGUGGGUGGCUCAGAUGGUCGAUAAAGAGAUACAAGAUCUUCAUGCUGAUUGGGGUAGGUAUCAUCAAAUCAAAAGAAGAGUAUCUGGAGAGGGAGGAACAACGGAGCGUGUGAGGGAGAUUGAAGAUGCUCAGCCUUUCCCGUGGUUGAUCGUUAUCGGUGCUAUCGUUGGCUUCAUUGCGCUCAUAGUUGCCAUUUCUGGUGUGGUGUAUUAUCUCGUGGCUGUGACCUUCAAAGAUGUGAGUCCGUCAGUCACCAAUCCUAUCCGUGCUUACUGA